AUGUAUCGACUUGAAUAUCCGAUUAAUGUGCAACGAUUAUGGUCUAAAGAAAUCAAUAAUAAUCCUCCAGAUCGAAAGACUAUAACAUCACUUAUGCACAAAUUUGAACAGACUGGUUCGGUACUUAAUAUUGAUGCACCUGGUAGACUAGUAUCAGUUACUGACCAAGCAACAAAAGAUGAAGUUUCGUCGAUCUUAAAAAAAGAACCGCAAACGUCAAUUCGUCGAAUGAGCACAGACUUGAAUAUUUCAAUGGCUUCAGUUCGACGUAUGUACAAGUCCAUGGGAUUUAAACCAUAUGUUCCUAGACUAAUUCAUGAACUGAAUGAAGAUGAUUUUGAUCGACGACUUGAAUAUUGCGACACAUUUUUAUCGCUUCUGGAAGACGAUUCUGAUCUUAUCUAUCGUGUCAUCUGGUCGGAUGAGACUGUAUUUAAAUUAAAUGGACAUAUUAAUCGACACAAUUCUGUCUAUUGGGCAACUCAAAAUCCAAAUGUUACGAUUGACCAAACAAUGCAAGCAGAAGGACUUAUCGUAUGGGCUGGAAUUUGGUCUCAAGCUGUGAUAGGACCGUACUUCUUCGAAGACACGGUUACGAAUCAAAGUUAUAUCAAAAUGUUGAAUGAUCACUUCUAUCCAUUAUUUUAUGAUCUACCAGACGAAAACUUUCCAGGAAGGUGGAUUGGUCGUCGUGGUGCACUUGAUUGGCCUGCUAGAUCGCCUGAUCUCACUCCUGCUGAUUAUUUUUUGUGGGGUUAUUUGAAAGAUAUUGUUUAUCAAAAGAAGUAUCGAAGCUUAUCCAGUCUCAAACAAUCAAUUAUCUCAGCUUUUUCCACAAUAGAUUCUGAGCUGUGCAAGAAAGUUUGUGAAUCAGUACCAGAAAGACUUCAAAAGUGCAUUGAUGCUAAUGGACGUCAAUUCGAACAUUUGAAUUAG